AGGUAGACCACGGUGGUGCCAGCCCCGACUCGAAAAAAAUAGGGAGUGGGGUGUCUCGCUUUCUUUACCAUCUCUGGGCAUUUUCCGUCUGCACACUUCCAUCUUCUCUGCUGCAAGUGAAGGGGCGUGUGCGUGCAUGCAGGAGUGAAAUAUCAAUGGCCAGCUUGAAACUUAUUAAUACACUUGAGAUGAAGGAACUACCGAGAACGAAGAAACUAAUAUGAGUUAAAACGUCAAAUAUUAAACGAAUGGGCUGCUAAGAAACUCCAGUGGUGACUGAGUUUGUAUCUGAGACCCCAGGCCAUCCACAAGACUUGUUGAGCAGGUCAGGAUGCCCAUUCCUCCCCCUCCACCCCCUGGAGGCCCCCCUCCACCCCCCACCCUCAGCCAGGCCAACACCACCCCACCUAAGCUCAACCGAGAUGAGGCCAAAGGCAGAGGAGCCCUGCUCGGGGACAUCCACAAAGGGGCCAAGCUGAAGAAGGUCGGCGUGGUAAAUGACAGGAGCGCACCCAUCUUAGAAAAUCCUAAAGGAGAUGGCGUUAGUAAUGUAGGCGGAGGAGGCUCGUCAGGGGUCAUUCAGCCGAUGGGAGGUCUUUUCCAGGCAGGUGUGCCUAAAUUGAGACCAGUCGGAGAUGGUUCGGUUGGCAGGUCAGCCCUGACGCCUCCUGGCACGCGCCCCGCUGCUCCUCGUCCCCCCGGACCCCCUGUUCGCCAGGACAACACAGACUGCUCAGCUCAACAGGCCUCUCCCCCGGAGCACUCCCGAUCCCAGAGGCCCUCCCUCCCUGACCUCUCCCGCCCCCUCAGCGGAGGCAGCCCUAACAGUGGCAUGAAGCACAGCUCCUCCGCCCCUCCACCUCCUCCCCCUUUCUCUCGCCGGGGCAACGCACCCCCUGCCCCGACUCAGAAGGCGCCACCACCCGCCCCCUCCUACAACCGGGAGAAGCCCCUCCCUCCCACGCCAGGACAGAGGGGGACAUCCCCGGUGCCGGCCCGCAACAGCGCCCCUCCUCCACCCCCUUCUCCCAACAACAACCGCCGGCCCCUGACGUCAGGGGGCUCCUCUGCAUCCUCCUCUUCCUCCUCUCUGGGUCCACCUCCUCCCCCGUACCGCCAGCCCAUGACCAACGGCCCCUCCAGCCCGGUUAACGAAGCCGCCCCGGAGCUACCUCAGAGACACAACUCCCUCAGCAAGAAGCUGUCGCCCGGACCUGGACACACUCCAACUCGUGGGCAAGCACCACCCCCGCCCCCCUCCCCGCCAGGCGGACGCCCACCCCCUCCGGUCCGUGAGCCCCCCGGUAGAGGAGCAGCUCCACCCCCGCCUGGGUCGAGUCAACGAAACGGUGGUCGGGAUGCCCCCCCUCCACCACCCCCCUACAGAGGUAGCCCUUCAGAGCCUCAUAGCCGUGGCAAGCCCCCCCCUCCUCCCUCCCGUACCCCUGCCGCACCCCCGCCCCCUCCCCCACCUAUCCGCAAUGGACACACCUCCAUUUCCCGCUCCUUCGUAGAUGACUUUGAGUCCAAGUAUUCUUUCCACCCUCUGGAUGACUUCCCUGCUCCAGAGGAGUACCGGCACUUCACCAAGAUCUACCCCAGCAAAGCCAACAGAGUGAUGAGGGGAGCUCCUCCUGCACCACCUGUGGGAAGGUGAACACUGAGACUCCGUCACUUCUAGUGUACAGGAGACAAGGGUUACACACACACACACACAACUUUCUCACAUGGAACCUACAGCAUAUAACAUGUACAUGCUUCUCAUUUGACAACAUUUCACUUAAGCUCCACAGCCAUUCACUCACACGCUCGCCCUUGAAAAUAGCCCAGGAAUUGUUUUCUAUGGCAGUCUCACUCCAUUUGAAGGUAGAGUUUGGCAGCUUACUUAUGCCAUUCCCAGCCUGUGUCCGCGUGGGUGAACUUGCCCUGUUUAAUCACAAAGGCAUACUUACCCAUUCAUAGUGUUUCCAGGCUCGUGUGUGUGGAUGGGGAACACUAUGACACCGUUAUGAUAGACAUUCAUAUCCUUACCACACGGGCUCCAUGUCAGAGUAUGCACUGUGAGAGCCCACAUCACCAUCAAACGGGAGAACACCAGUCAGAAGAAACCAGUGACUGGUCCUAACAGCCUGGUCCUAACGGCGGUGACUCUACAGCCUGGUCCUAACGGCGGUGACUCUACAGCCUGGUCCUAACGGCGGUGACUCUACAGCCUGGUCCUAACGGCGGUGACUCUACAGCCUGGUCCUAAGUGUCUAAAGGUGAGUGACUUUUGGGGACCACUGCACCCCUUGCCGAUGGAGGGAACUGCAACUGUUUGAAAGUUCCCUCAGGUAUACGGUUUGUGGAACAGAGAACUGGAGAAGAUAAGAGGUUCUUUCCAAAAGUGCCAACUAAGUACGAACUGAACUGGGAACAGCUCAUAUCCCCCAUCCUGUCUCCCUGCUGCAAGGCUUGUCAUGGGGUUCUCUUAUGACUGGUUGGAAUGAUGGACUGACAAAAGCAAUAGUUCCAUAUGUUCUCAGUGAUGGUUGGCAGUAAUCAACACCUGUGACAAUUGUUGGUUUGUGGAAAAAGUCAUCCUGUUGAGAAUGAUAGUGCACAUGUAUGGGAUCUUGCAGCAAGGAAGCUCUCCCUCCCUUCCUCUCUGUGCAGAAAAAGACUAACCAGAUAGACGCAUGUUUUUCUUUUUCAGAGUGUCUUGUCUUGACAAAUGCACAAAGGUGAGCUUGUUAGUUGUCCUAAAUGCAAAGCAGAAGCUUAUUAUGCCUUUAAACACUAGUCUGGGUCGCUGAAACCAUUUCACAACUAACUCAACACUACAACCCCACUAGCUCCCUCGCCGGGGCGGCAGGGCAGCCUAGUGGUUAGAGCGUUACUAGUCCAAACCCCCGAGCUGACAAGGUACAAAUCUGUCGUUCUGCCCCUGAACAGGCAGUUAACCCACUGUUCCUAGGCCGUCAUUGAAAAUAAGAAUUUGUUCUUAACUGACUUGCCUAGUUUAAUAAAGGUCAAAUAAAGCUUAAGAAUGACAGAGCUUUUCAAAUGCAUUGGAUGCUGCACCAUUACAUUGACACUAAAAUACUUCAAGAGUUUAUUGUUCAAAAUUGAUGGGGGGGGAUUAUGUUGUGGGGUAAGUAAAUGGAAGCUUUCAAAUACAAACCUUAUCCUGCUAAUUUCACAUGUUGAUACCCACAAUAGCCACUUGGUGGCAGUAUUUUAUUUUUCCCAUAGGGAGACGUGGGAGUUACAUGGUGGUGAGGCUGUACCCCCUUCAACUUGUAAUUUAAAAACAAAAAACAGUUGUGUAUUAUGGAUUUGGCCAAUGUUGAGCGAGAGGGCAGUGCAGACCUGUGUCUGUGUACCAAUUUUGAGCUCUUCUGCUGAGGGUUGAAUGGACAACCUAGUGAUUUAACAGCCAAGUUGUUCAUCUCAGGCAUAGUUCUCUACAUUGUCUUUUUGAAAUAAAAAAUAAAAAUCUACUUGAUUUCCAGAAUAACAUUUAUGUAAUGUAGUCCAUACAUUUUUCUUUGCUUAAUGCGCUUGACCACAAGCCUGAAACAAAUGCACAUUGUUACCCAAGGGCGUGAACCUUUAAGGCUGGUACUUGUGAUUGGUUCCUAUUGUUUGUUUUGUCGUGUUAGUCUUAUUCCUCAUUGUGACAGAACCCCCCCCCUUAAACUGUCACUCGCUAUUCUCUCUUUAUUUCAACCCUUUGCUGGUCUUUUGCCUUAUCAUACGCAUUCACUGUAAGUCAAUUCAGGAUGUGUUAAAAAAAAAAAAAAAGCUAAACUAAUCAUUAAGUGUAUACACCUCAUAUGGGUAAAACGGUAGUCAUAGCAAAUCUACAUGUUAAUAUGUAUAAAGCUUGUAAUAUAGUGAAUAAAACUGGGAUAGAUGACGGCAGGCUUUUGUCAGAAACCAGUGACUAACUGUUAGUAUUUCCAUAUGUCUUUCUCUUGCCUUCUGUCAUUAUUUAGAUAUUCCCUCUCUGUGUCAGAGGGCCUGUGUGGCCAUUUCAACAGGAGCAGUAUGCACUCACAUUGAGAGAACCUCCUUAUUCGUGUCUUCUUCUCGUCCCUCCAGUUCAUACUUGGCUUAAUCCAGGCCCUGGUUCCUUCUGUACAUUUCACCCUUCUGCGUCAGACAUGUUGUACCAAUUAAAAUGUCACUGAUGGAAACGAG